AUGGUUUUCAUACCUGUAACUGAUAAGCCAAAUCAGGAGCAAGUUCAAAAUGCUAUUGCAGAUGAAUUGGGCGUGCAGUUUACCAAUGGAGAAAGUCUUGUGAAAAGAAGAAACAAACUGCGUCAGAGAAUAAAAAGGGAGCAAAGGACUCUCAUCAUAGUUGAUGAUACGUGGGGGGAAUUGAACCCACAAGAAUUUGACUUAGAGGAAUUUGGAGUUCCUCCUGGUAAUGAACAUGAAGGGUGCAAAGUACUGUUGACAUCAGGAAAUUUGAACUUCAUACAAUAUUUGAAGGGUGCCUCUAAGCUUACUAAAGUGUUUCAAUUACAAGAAUUACAAAAAGAAGAGGCUCAGAUGUUGUUUGAGAAGAUGGUUGGAAGUGUUGAUGAAGAUCAGGAAAGUUCCAUUGUAGAAGAAAUAGUGAGAAGUUGUGAAGGUUCCAUUUCUUUAAUUUAUGCCCUAGCAAAGGCAUUACAAAAUAAGGGCCCAGAUGCCUUGAUGCAGUUGAAGGAAAAUAUUUCACCAGCAAAACUAUUGUCCUAUUGUUUGGAAGAAAAUGAGGAACUCAAAUCAUUGUUGUAUCUUCUUACUAUUAGGGGAAGAAGGUUUAUUAACAGUUAUAGCAUCUACAUAGACAUGUGGGCAGGUGUAUUCAAAAAUCUGGAAACAGCAGAUUCUGCAAGAAAAAAGCGUGAGUCAUUGAUUAGUGAUCUGAAGGCCUAUGGUCUUGUGGUUGAAAAUGGAAAGGACUGGGUCAAAGUAGAUGACUACAUACAUCAGACUGCUUAUCGAAUGGCCCAACAUGAUCGAAGAGCUUCAGUGAUUUCCAGAGAAUGGCCACCUGAAGAAUUGCUAAAAGAUCUUUACUUCUGCAACUUACAUCCUGUUGGUGAUUUGAAGCUUCCCGUAAGGUUGCAGUGUCCAAACUUGAAACAUCUUCUGAUAAGUAGGGAAAAUUCCACAAUAGAUGUUCCAGAUUCCUUUUUUGAGGAGACUAAACUUCUGAAAGUGCUAGAUUUUGUUUCCUUUCAUUGCCCAAAUCUGCCACUUAGUUUUGUUGUUUUAAAGGACCUUGAAGCAUUAUCCAUGUAUCAAUGUGGAUUGGAAGACAUUACAGAAGUUUGUGAGCUCACAAAUCUACGAAUGCUAGGCCUCCUUGAAAGUAGGAUCCAACAAUUACCUGCGCAAAUUGUAAAGCUUGAGAAGUUGCUAUUCUUGGAUUUAAGAGACACAAAUCUCCAAGUGAUUCCACCCAAUGUCCUAUCCAAAUUGACAAGCUUGGAAGAAUUAUAUUUGAGAAACUCCUUCUGUAAUUGGAAGAUUGAAAUGUCUAGCAGUGAAAACAAGAACGCAAGCUUGAAAGAGCUUACAGACUUGGAACACUUGGCAUACAUAGAAGACAUGUAUGUUCCUGAUCCGCAGGCAUGGCCUGUGGACUUGUUCUUUGGAAACCUAAGAUCAUAUACAAUUUUCAUUGGUAACGGGUGGGACCGAGCACAUUAUGGUGAUCAUGAAUUGAAGACAUUGAAACUGAAGCUGAACAGGAGGUUUCAAUCAGAGAAUGGAAUAAAAAAGAUGCUGAAAGAAGUUCAGGUUUUGUACUUGGAUACACUGAAUGGUGUCCAGAAUGUUGUUAAUGAUAUGGAGUGUGAUGGCUUUCCACAAGUGCAGUCUCUCUUCAUUCAACACAAUGCUGAAGUCAAAUGCUUAUCCACAGGGUCAGGUAAUGAUUCUCUUGAUACUUUUCCGAACUUGGAGUCACUGUCUCUCACCAUUCUAAGCAAUUUGGAGUACAUAUGCCAUGGUGGUCCUUUAUCUGAGAAAUCUUUCUUCAAACUGAGAGUCAUCAAAGUAGAGAAGUGCAAUGCAAUGGGCUGUCUCUUCUCAAAAUCAAUGAUCAAUGGUCUUCCUCAUAUUGCUACUUUGAAAGUUUCACAGUGCACAUCCAUAAAGACAAUUGUGCUAUUUGAAGGUGCAGAGAAUCAUCCCAUAGAAUUUCCUGAAUUAUGCUCUCUAACCUUACAAGGACUCCCAGCAUUAAUCAGUUUCUGCUCAAGUGAAGGAUCCUCUUCUUCCACUGAUAAUACAGCUACACUUUUCCAUGACAAGGUUUCUUGCCCUAAUCUGGAGACAAUGGUGAUUUCCCAGGUUAGUGAAUUGACAACAAUAUGGAAUGAGGAGUAUGAUGCUGAAAAUUCAUUUUGGAAACUGAAAAACGUAAAUAUCAAAGGUUGUGAGAAAUUGAGAACUGUUUUUCCAGUUAAUCUUUCCAAAAAUCUUGAUAAUUUGAAGAUGUUAGAGGUUAGAAAUUGUAGUUCAAUGACAAGCAUUUUCACUGUGAUGAGGCAAGAUAGCACAAAACCAGGGCUUCAAUUGAGCUUUCCAAUGAUCGAAAUAACUUUAACUGGUCUUCCCAAAUUGGAGUAUGUGUGUGUUACCACAGGAUUUGAAGCCUUGAAGAAAAAAUUCGAGGAAGAAUGGUAUGCUGGCCUUCCUGGAUUAUCAGGUAACGCACGUAUUGAACACGGAAGAAAAAUGAAAAAAUAUUUGGAAGAAUAUUUGAAUAUGUAGGUGCUUGAACAAUAGUAUCAACCUUAACUUGUAAAUUUCAUUCGUUCUUAACUUCAAACUAAAGUUGUGUAUGUAUGAAUUUGAAUUUUCAUUGUCCGUGUAAAGGUUGCUGAAGUGAUUUCCCAUAUACAAAAAUGUUGUGGUUAUUUUUAUUUGAAAUUAAUUAUUAGUUAUUAAAAAUAUCUCCCAUUCUUUUACAAGGAAAAGACAUUACAUAAACUACGGUAUAAGGAAUACCUUAAAAUUUAUACAAACACUAAAAAAAAAGUGAAAAAAAAAAACAUAUAAUUGACUUUUAGAUAUGUAAUAUUUCUGAACAUUGAUUUGGGUUGUCAUUUCAUAAUUUUGGAAAUAUAAAAAUCUUUACAUGAAGUCUAUUUCUUUCUUCUUUUUUUACAAUCAUCAUGAAAUAGCCUGUGUUUUAUAUGAAAAAUAAAUGUUUAAAUUUAGUUUUUUUAUUAAAAAGAACUAUAGAUAUAAAAAGAAUACUGUUUUAACCAAUAUACAAAUAAAACAUCACAGAAAGAUAAUCAUAUGAAAACUACACACUAAGGUUUCAAAAUAAUAACCAUCAUACCCUCUUCACUAAA